CUCCGUCCGUCCUCUCUGCACGCAGCAUGGCACCGAAGAAAGUGGAACCCAAGAAGACGGAGGUGAAGAAGGUGGAGGCAAAGAAGGAAGAGCCUCCUCCACCCCCCAAACCUGCGGAGCCUGAAUCCAAGCCUCCUGAGGUGGACCUGAGUAGCAUCGUGGUGGAGUUCACCCCCGACCAGAUCGAAGAGUUCCGAGACGCCUUCACGCUGUUCGACGAGACGCCCGCCGGCGAGAUGAAGAUCACUUUCGCCCAGUGCGGAGACGUCAUGCGAGCGCUCGGCCACAACCCCACCAACGGCGAGGUGCUGAAGCUGCUGGGGAGGCCAAAGGCGGAGGAGAUGAACGUCAAGCUGCUGGACUUUGACACCUUCCUGCCAAUGCUCCAGCAUGUGGCGCGCUCCAAAGAGCAGGGCACCUUUGAGGACUUCGUGGAGGGUCUGAGAGUGUUCGACAAGGAGGGCAAUGGCACGGUGAUGGGGGCCGAGCUCCGUCACGUCCUGGCCACGCUGGGAGAGAAGAUGACGGAGAAUGAGGUCGACCAGCUGAUGGUGGGACAGGAGGACGCCAACGGUCUCAUCAACUACACCGAGUUUGUCAAACACAUCCUGGCCGGGUAGAAACCACCACCGGGUUCUUGUGACGGACUGAGGUCUUGGAGAUUAUUAUUUGCUAAAAGUUAUUUGUAUGAUA